GAAAAGAAAACAGCCCAUCGGCGUUGAGGUGUCCCGAUGGUCGCGAAGGAGCGACCGCUGGACGAGCAGAGGAAGCGGCGGCAGAGGACGGUUCAGGUGGCGGCUUCAAGGAGACUGCUGUGAUGCUACGUAGGCAGCUGAAGGGAAAGGGCUUUUCUACUAUGAGAGAGUGUGUGUGAGGCGCCCGACCGUUCUCCUUUUUGGUUUAUGGACAGUUAUUCGUUUUCCCGUUACCGUGUUGCUGUUUUUAACGGGUACCGCGAGGAUACACGGGGAGCUUGGGACGUUUUGGGGAAUGGCAGGUCGAAGCCGAAGAGCCUGGUUUAGUGUUCUGCUGGGGCUGGUGGUCGGCUUCACGCUGGCUUCCAGGCUCAUCCUGCCCAAGGCGACGGAGCUGAAGAAAGCCGGGCACAAGCGAAAGGCGAACCCCGCCGGCUGCGGGCUGAACGGGGGUCACCGAACGGAAUACAACGGCGUACUAUGGCCGCUGCAUGAUAACGGUUCACCGGCGACCGAGAAGCCUGGGCCCGGGUCCAACAACUUCCUGUUCGUCGGUGUCAUGACUGCUCAGAAGUACCUGAACAACCGAGCCGUGGCGGCGCACAGGACAUGGGCACAGACCGUUCCAGGUCGCGUGGAGUUCUUCUCCAGCGAGGGCUCCGACACCUCCAUACCGAUUCCCAUAGUGGCCCUGAGGAAUGUGGAUGACUCGUAUCCGCCGCAGAAGAAGUCCUUCAUGAUGCUCAAGUACAUGCACGACCAUUACCUGGACAAGUACGAGUGGUUCAUGAGGGCCGAUGACGAUGUCUACAUCAAGAGUGAGAGGCUGGAGGGCUUCCUGCGCAGCCUUAACAGCAGCGAAGCCAUUUUCCUGGGGCAGACCGGCAUGGGAGCCAGGGACGAGCUGGGGAAACUGGCCCUGGAGCCCGGGGAGAACUUCUGCAUGGGGGGGCCCGGGGUCAUCAUGAGCCGCGAGGUCCUCAAGAGGAUGGUGCCCCACAUCCGAGAGUGUCUGCAGGAGAUGUACACCACCCAUGAGGACGUGGAGGUGGGCCGGUGUGUCAGGAGGUUUGCUGGGGUCCAGUGUGUCUGGUCCUAUGAGAUGCAGCAGCUUUUCUAUGAGAACUAUGAACCAAAUAAGAAGGGCUACAUCAGAGACCUCCACAACAGCAAGAUCCACCGGGCCAUCACCCUCCACCCCAACAAGAACCCUCCUUACCAGUAUCGCCUACACAGCUAUAUGCUCAGCCGCAAGAUCGCAGACCUGCGCCACCGAACCAUUCAGCUCCACCGGGAGAUUGUUCAGAUGGGCCGCUACGGGGCGAAUGAGCCCAGCCGAGAGGACCUCCAGCUUGGCAUGCCGCCUUCAUUCAUGCGCUUCCACCCACAGCAGAGAGAGGAGGUCCUGGAGUGGGAGUUCCUCACAGGAAAGUACCUGUUUUCAUCCUCUGAUGGUCAGCCGCCCCGCCGCGGGAUGGAUUCAUCCCAAAGGCAAGCCCUGGAUGACAUCAUCAUGCAAGUCAUGGAGAUGAUCAACGCCAAUGCCAAGACACGAGGGCGGGUCAUUGACUUCAAAGAGAUCCAGUAUGGCUACCGGAGAGUCAAUCCCCUAUACGGGGCAGAGUAUGUGCUCGAUCUGCUGCUGCUGUACAAGAAGCACAAAGGGAAGACCAUGACAGUUCCUGUGAGGAGGCAUGCCUACCUGCAGCAGACCUUCAGCCAGAUCCAGUUCAGAGAGGAGGGGGAGAUGGAUGCCGGAGCUCUGGCCAGCCAUAUCAACAAGGAUUCAGACUCUCUCUCAUUUCUGUCCAAUUCCCUGAAGAUGCUGGUGCCCUUCAAGCUGGCCACCUCUGGCCAGGACCAGAGGGAACCGAAAGAGAAGAAAGUCAACAUCUUGGUGCCCCUGUCGGGACGCUAUGACAUCUUUGUGCGCUUCAUGGCUAACUAUGAACGAGUUUGUCUGAUCCCAAACCAGAACGUCAAGCUGCUGAUCCUACUCUUCAGCACAGACAACAACACAGAGCGAGUCAAACAGGUGGAGCUGAUGAGGGAGUAUCACAUGAAGUAUCCUCGGGCCGAGAUGGAGAUAAAGCCUGUCACGGGCUCCUUCUCCAGGGCUCUUGCUUUGGAAGUGGGUUCCUUGCACUUCUCCAAUGAUUCGCUGCUCUUCUACUGUGAUGUGGAUCUGCUCUUCACCAGUGACUUCCUCAAGCGAUGUCGGACCAAUACAGCACUGGGGGAGCAAACCUACUUCCCCAUCAUCUUCAGCCAGUAUGAUCCCAAGGUGGUGUACGCUGGGAAGGUCCCCAGCAACAACCACUACGUCUUCACCUCUAAGACAGGUCUGUGGAGGAACUACGGCUUUGGGAUUGUCUGUGUCUACAAAGGGGACUUGGUCCGGGCUGGAGGCUUUGAUACCUCCAUACAAGGGUGGGGAUUGGAGGAUGUGGACCUUUUUAAUAAAUUUGUCCAGUCAGGGAUUAAGUUGUUCAGAAGCACAGACACAGGGAUAGUGCAUGUUCACCACCCCGUCAUAUGUGACCCAAACCUGGAGGCAAAGCAAUACAAGAUGUGUGUGGGCUCCAAGGCCUCUUCGCACGGCUCCACCCAGCAGCUGGCCGAGCUCUGGCUGGAGAAGAACGACGACGGCUUCAGGAGACUUGCCAGCAAUAACGGCUCAGUUAGGACAGCGUAAGAAAAGCUGGGCUGCUGCCUGCGUGGUGACUUCACUACCUAAUUUAUUUUUUACUGAGACAUGGAUUUUGAAAAUGUCUUUUUUUUUUUCUUUUUUUUUUUAAAGGAAACAUGGCGAUGAACAACUCCUAGAGAACAUCUGAGUUCUCGUACAGGAUUGCAAAAUUGAUAAAUGAUCAAAGGGCCCGAUGCCCCUCUAGCCCACAACACGUUAUUUCAGGCAGGUGUUCCUAAUGAAGUACACCGUCAUUGUCCAUGAAUAUUCCAUAUGUCUUGUGUGCAGAAAAAAGCGACUGGUGUCCACGUACUGGACCACCGGCGCUCCAAAAAGAACUCAACUGACUCACUGAUUGUGAAUGUUUACAAAAGACUGAUUGUCAAAAGCAAUUCAUCAAUGAUCACAGCUGUCUCAGCGGCCGUGGUUCCGCUUGUCUUUUCAAUGUGACACGUCAUCCUGUCACACCAGGACUCAUUAAAUGUCCAGUGUUUACACUAUGCGAUCAGAUGUGGCUCUCAUUGGGAUCCGAUCAGGCCGACCGCAUACCGAGGUGGUCUGGUUCAUAGAGUUCAGAUGCCAGUGAGUGUGGACAGCAUGUGGACACAAUCCAGACCAUGGUCUCCCUCAUCUCCCCAACUCUUGAGUUUCUCCACCCCGGAGCCCAAAGGAAGAGAAGGGCGGCAGACCAGCUGAGACCGGCUGCUUGAGUCCUGUUAACUUACUGCUGAUUUUGCUGCUUUCACAUAACAGAACAACAAGGGAGAGUUCUUCUUAACAGCGUGAACAAUUCAUGGGAAAGUGUAUUCAUCACUGAGUUAGUGGAGGUCUGUUGGCAUCUAUUCUUCCGUAAUACAAUCCUCCUAAUCCCCCAGGGAGGAGGAGAAAGCAGCCUGAAGCCUAACAGGGCUUUUAUUGUGAAGAAUUUACAGGAAAUGAAAUUAUCUUUUAUUUGUUGUUCUACAUCCGCCGCUUUGACCUCCAAUGCAUCCGGUCACACUCACCAGUGUGGGUACGCGGACACACAGUUCAAAUUAUGCAUACGGUGACAAAAGUCCCAUUGAGAAGACAAAUGUAACCACAGCCAAUGGUUUCAGAGAGCCAUUACACCAUUUCAUUUCCAAUAGUUUCCUUCCUUUAACAUUUAGGAUUUUGGUAAUAUGACACAACACUGUUAUUGUUUCUCCUGGAUUUUAAAAUUUUAUUUCUGUGAACCCAACUGCUGGAUUUUCUAUCUGCAAUUGAUCUUUUGCUGUCUUAUUUAUUGAAUUUGCAGGCUCCACUUGUUCUCUCUCACCGAGUUGUGUAGAUGAAACGAUUGUAUAACUCUUGUCAGUUGUGGGAUGGCGCUUUUUUAUGUUGCUUUUCUUAAACUCAUUAUCACCAAAGAGUUUUGCACAGUCGUGUGUGUGUGUGUGUGUGCGCGCGCGUGCGUGCAUGUGUGUGUGUGUGUGUGUGUGUGUCUGUCACAACCAUGACACUGACUGUAUAAUGGAGAGUAAACAGAAAAGCUGCAUCCUGGGCCUUUGUGAUGGGGAAGUGGGGACUAUCCUUUCAUCCUUUCAUCCUCUCAUCCUUUCAUUCCAGUGGGUGGAAAUGGGAGCAGCUCUCUGGUCAGCCGGCUGAAGGCCGACAUCCCACAUGGUGUCUCUUCCUAUAAAUGACUUUCUUUUAUGUUGACAAAGUGUUGUGGCUGGUCCCGGCCCACAGAAGCUCCCGUGCUGAUAUCAUGUGACGCUCACAUGGUCUGGUCCUGUUACAGGUGUGAGGACAGAACAUUUCCCAGUGACAGGCCUGUCGCGCAUGGGCAGGUACUGUACGUUGCAGCACGCCAUUGGGUUGAUGCUCCUCUGUCAGCACGAAUGGCUGAUUUUAAGACUGUCCGUGUUUUUUAUUUUCUUGUAUUUCUUUUGUAUUUUUUGUUCUUUCAACUCUGUCCAACUGGGCAAGGUUUUCUAUUUAAGAAGAAUUAAAAUGGGAGAAAAGUA